GGUAACGCAUUUCGUCAAGAUGGCUAUGUCAAAAGGAGCUAACACUUAUAAUCGGCAAAACUGGGAGGAUUCUGAAUUCCCCAUUCUGUGUCAGACAUGCUUGGGAGACAACCCUUACAUUCGAAUGACAAAAGAGAAAUAUGGAAAAGAGUGUAAAAUUUGUGCACGCCCUUUCUGUGUAUUUCGUUGGUGCCCUGGAGCAAGAAUGAGGUUCAAAAAAACAGAGGUCUGCCAAACCUGUUCAAAGAUGAAGAAUAUCUGUCAAACAUGUCUACUUGAUCUGGAAUAUGGCUUACCUGUUCAGGUGAGAGAUGCUGCCCUUAAGUUACAAGAUGAUAUUCCAAAAUCAGAUGUAAAUAAGGAAUAUUAUACUCAGCGCAUGGAAAGAGAGGCUGCCAAGACAGAUGGAACUAACCCUCUAGGUGCUCUGUCAGGGAAGGCUCAGGCCCCUAGUGACAUGUUACUGAAGCUAGCCAGAACUACCCCAUACUACAAGAGAAACAGACCUCACAUCUGCUCUUUCUGGGUCAAAGGAGAGUGUAAGAGAGGUGAAGAGUGCCCCUAUAGGCAUGAGAAACCCACAGAUCCAGAUGACCCGUUGGCAGAUCAGAACAUAAAGGACAGAUAUUAUGGGAUGGAUGACCCAGUGGCAGAUAAACUGUUAAAGAGAUAUGCAAAUAUGCCAAAGCUAGAUCCCCCAGAGGACAAAACCAUCACCACCCUGUAUGUGGGUAAUUUGGGAGAGAAGGUGGCAGAGAAAGAGUUAAGGGACCACUUUUACCAGUUUGGUGAAAUCCGCUCAGUCAAUGUGGUCAGUAAGCAGCAGUGCGCAUUUGUACAGUUCACAAACCGCCAGUCCGCAGAGACAGCUGCCGAGAAGUGCUUCAACAAGCUCAUAAUUAAUGGUAGAAGGUUAAACAUUAAAUGGGGCCGAUCCCAGGCUCAGCAGGCCGGAGUAAGGAUGGACGGAGAGGAGCCAGUCUACGAACCAGUUCCAGGUCUCCCUGGAGUGCUACCACCUCCUCCACAAGAUAUGGGUAACAACUUCUUCAACCUCCAGCAGCCUCCCCCAAUGAUGCCCCCACCCCCUCCAGGUGGACCACCCAGAGGCCCUCCACCCAUGCACCCCAUGGGAGGUCCCAUGGCGCCCAUGGGACACAUGAUGAGAGGACCACCACCCCCAGGGAUGAGGUUACCACCCCCACCACCUGGAAUGAUGCCCAUGAGGCCACCCCCAAUGCCGCCCCGAGGGGCUCUUCCUGUACACUACCCAUCUCAAGACCCAACUCGUAUGGGAGCAAAAUAAUGGCGAGGAUGGUAAUUUACAAUCAGUCUUUUGCUGUAUUCAUAUUCUGUGAACAGCCAAAGAAUCCAAUGAUUUUUAAAUGUGCGAAACUGAAGUCUGGAAAUUGUACACGCUAUUAAUAAAUCAUUUUAUUAAAUGACAGACAGAAUUUUUUUGGUUGAUUUUUUGAUGUAGGUAAGGUUUCGGAGAUAAAAUCCAGGUAAAUUUGAUGAAGAAUGAGUAUUACUUGAUUGUGUUCAGUGCAGUAGUCAGUGAACUAGCAGUCGGGAAUUAGGAAACUGGAUUCACAGAUGUAAACCUUGGCCGUGGUGUCUGUGCCAAGCUGAUGGGCGAACCACUUGCCGUUUUGUGGGGGGGAGCAACAGUUUGUACAGAUGUCAUCUCAGCUCACACCAUUUAGCUAUUAAAAUAUGAAUUUGUGCGGACGAAGAUCAAUUUGAUGAGUUCUCGAAAAAUGUACUGGUACGUGUGAUAAAUGAGCUGAUAGUGUGAUUUAAACAUGACUUCUUCUUAUUGAAUUC